GCCGUCGCCGGUGACGUAGUGCCGGGUGACGUGUCACACGCGCCGGGUGACGUGCCGUACGCGCCGCCUCUCCACCAGCCGGCCGGCGUGUGCCAGGCCGCCACCAUGGGCAAGGUAAAUGUGGCCAAGCUGCGGUACCUGAGCCGGGAUGACUUCAGGGUCCUGACGGCGGUCGAAAUGGGCAUGAAGAACCAUGAGAUCGUUCCCAGCAGUUUGAUUGCGUCCAUAGCCAGCCUUAAACAUGGUGGCUGCAAUAAAGUUUUAAGAGAGUUAGUGAAGCAUAAACUCAUAGCCUGGGAGCGUACCAAAACUGUCCAGGGCUAUCGGCUGACAAAUGCAGGCUAUGACUACCUUGCUUUGAAAACGCUUUCUUCUAGACAGGUGGUCGAGUCUGUUGGAAACCAGAUGGGCGUCGGCAAAGAAUCAGACAUCUACAUCGUUGCGAAUGGGGACGGACAGCAGUUUGCCUUGAAGCUUCACAGGCUGGGAAGAACCUCCUUCCGGAAUCUGAAAAACAAGCGUGAUUACCACAAGCACAGGCACAGCGUGUCUUGGCUUUACUUGUCUCGUCUCUCUGCCAUGAAGGAGUUUGCCUACAUGAAGGCAUUACACGAGAGGAACUUUCCCGUUCCAAAACCGAUUGAUUACAAUCGGCACGCGGUAGUCAUGGAGCUCAUGAGCGGCUAUCCCCUAUGUCAGAUCCACCAUGUUGAAGAUCCUGCCUCUGUGUAUGACGAAGCAAUGGAACUCAUCGUCAGACUUGCAAAUCAUGGGCUGAUUCAUGGAGAUUUCAAUGAAUUCAAUCUCAUUUUGGAUGAACAUGACCAUAUCACCAUGAUUGAUUUUCCUCAGAUGGUUUCCACUUCUCAUCCCAAUGCUGAAUGGUAUUUCGACAGAGAUGUUAAGUGUGUGCGAGAGUUCUUCAUCAAGCGCUUCAACUAUGAAAGUGAGCUUUAUCCUACAUUUAGUGACAUCAGGAGGGAAGACUCUCUGGACGUGGAGGUCGCCGCCAGCGGUUACACGAAGGACAUGCAGGCGGAUGAUGAACUGCUUCACCCAGCUGGGCCACAUGACGGAGACGCCGAGGCUGAGGGGGAUUCGGAUUCCUCACCUUCUGACGAAGAGGAGUCAGAGGAGAGGAAGGCCUGUAGGUCAGAGGACAGAAGUAAACAGAGCUCUGUGGAUGAGCCAGGUGGCCACGGUCGCAGGUCCUCUGGAGAAGUGGAGCAGGUACAGGAAGACAGUCUGUCAGGGGACAGUGCUGGCACAUCUGCCUUUGAGAUGACGGGUGUCAGUGAAGCCUUAGAGGGAAUCGGAGGACAGGUCGUUGAAAGCAGUUCAGCGCCUGAGUUUUGUGGGGAGAAGGACAGAGCUGAAACUGGCUCAGGGCAGGAUGGAGAGACUGCUCCCGGAGGAGUCCCUGCUGAUCCUGACGAGUGUGACGACCAGUGUCCCGAUCUGAUGGCCCUGUCAGCUCUGAACAAGGACUUCAGGCCCUUCAGAGAUGAAGGAAGUAUUACUCGGCAUAGGACAAGAACUCUGAGCAUCACCUCUACAAACAGUGUUGUGAGCUGUUCCACGAUUCCUCCAGAACUGGUGAAGCAGAAGGUGAAACGUCAGUUGACAAAAGAGCAGAAAUCAGCCGUGAGACGUCGGCUGCAGAAAGGAGAGGCGAGCGCAUUCACCAAGCAAAGGAGAGAUAAUAUGCAGAAUAUUAAAUCAAGUUUGGAAGCAGCCAGCUUUUGGGGGGAAUAACAUGUGUUAAGAUGUUGCAAAGAGGCUGACAUUGUAGUGCAGCGGGUAAAACCGCUGAUGACAAAGCCAACAUCCCCUACUUUAGUGCUGGUUUAAUCCAGGCCACCCUUGGGGAAGCAUCGAACGAUAACGCAAGUGCCCGGACCCCCAGCCGCAGCGGUGUGGGGGACCCACGUGAAGACCCAGGCCCCAGCCCUGGCUGCUGGGAGUGAACCAGCGGAUGGAAGGUCUCUGUUUCUCCCUCUCUUUGCUGGCCUGCCUUUCAAAUAAAUAAAUUAGUCCUUUUUAUUUAA